GUGCUGAAACGCCAGGGCUACGAUGAAGGCUGUGACAUCUGGAGCCUGGGCAUCCUACUGUAUACCAUGCUGGCCGGAUACACUCCAUUUGCCAAUGGGCCCAGCGAUACACCGGAGGAGAUCCUGACCCGAAUCGGCAGUGGGAAGUUCACUCUCAGUGGGGGGAAUUGGAACACAGUUUCAGAAACAGCCAAGGACUUGGUGUCUAAGAUGCUCCACGUAGACCCUCCCCAGCGCCUCACAGCCAAGCAGGUCCUGCAGCACCCGUGGAUCACCCAGAAAGAAAAGCUUCCCCAGAGCCAGCUGUCCCAUCAAGACCUGCAGCUGGUGAAGGGAGCCAUGGCCGCCACAUACUCUGCACUUAACAGCUCCAAGCCCACCCCCCAGCUAAAGCCCAUCGAGUCAUCGAUCCUGGCCCAGCGGCGGGUGAGGAAGCUGCCAUCUACCACCCUGUGAGCCGCAGGGCAGUGCUAACUCCAUGGAGGCAGCGUCUUUCCCAGAAGGGGCAAGCCUGAGUCCCAGGGCCAAAGUGAGCAGGAGCCCCGAGGGGCCCCGGGAAGCAGCCAGCCCAGAUCACCCCAGUGAGGGUGUGAAGUGCCUUCUCCUUCCCCAAGACGGACUCUUCCUGGCUCAGGCGCUGUGGGAUGACAGUCACUGUACAAAAUCCUUUUUUUUUUUUUUUUAAGGGAAAAAAAAAUGGCAUCAACCACUAAUGGAUUAUUACAAGAUCCAUUUGCCUUUCUGGGAGCACAAAUAGCCAGUGCAACCCCAGGAGGGACACUGAGUCACCCUGGGGCUCUCUGUGGCUAAGACUCCUUCUAGCAGCUUUGAGGCCCUGCUCUGGGAGCCCCCACAGUCGGGCCUCAGGAGCCAUCGGCACACACCUCUCCAGUCAGCGCAGCGUCGCCUUGCAGGGCCAUGGGCUGUUUAGCAGGCCUCAACUCUGUUCCCCAGCCAGCUCCUUUUCCGUUCUGUUCCACUGAGGGUCUAGAACCACUUUCUGCUAGAGCAGAGGACCCUGCUCCUUCCGGCUCCCCGCUCCAAGCACCAGCAUUCACGUCGCCCACCAGUGGGCCCCUGCAGGCGGCCCAGGGAGGUGGACACCCACAGCACUUUCUGGCGGACUUGGGUCGUGUCCGCCACCCAACAGUUCACACACCAGGGGGACAGGUCACCAGGGGCAGAGGCUGUUUGCAUUUCUUCCUCAGCUGGAAACUCAGGGUUCAUCUGUCCAUGGCCUUUCUAAUAAACUUACAGCCGAGUCGAAGCACACUCGUC